GGUGUCAAUGGUGACAUCUUUCGGAAUCAAGACAACAAUGCAUGGUACAAAGCCGGCGUAAAGCUUGUCGAGGACAACCUUAAAUUAAAAGCAAACACCAACACCGCCAAGAGCGCUAUUUUGUUCCUUGGUGAUGGAAUGGGUAUCACUACCAUCACCGCGACACGAUUCCUGGACGGACAACAGAAGGGACGCACGGGAGAGGAGAAUGUUCUCAGCUGGGAAGUGUUUCCGUGGUCAGCUCUCGCUAAAACAUACUCAGUUGAUGAACAAGGAACAGAUUCCGCGAGCACCGCGACAGCAUUCCUGAGCGGAAUAAAAACCGAUAGCGGUAAGUUCUAAACAUUAACCGGGCACUCAAUUGUUAUAUUGGCGCCCAAAUAUAUGGUCUCUCAGAGGCCGGAUUUUUUUGCUUGAUUGGUAUUGCGGAACUUAAAAAUAUAUUUGUGUAUUUUUGCAUCUCAUCAUUUUAUGACCGUACAGUCCAAAACGCCUGGGAACAAAGUCCACUCAGCAACGCGAAUCUUCCGCCGAGUGCAAGAUAAUGCAAUGUAUAGCUACGUCGAUAUACUGGUAUUUGUAAGUGAAAAGCUCCCUUAUAUUAUAAUAUUAAGGAAUCAAAAUCUCUACCAGAGGUCUUAUUCCUUGCAAAGGCCGAAGGCCUUCGUGUAGCGAGUUUAUAAUAGCGCGUAACUUCCACGAGGAUAGCUAAGAAAAGUGAGAUCUUGCUUUGGCCAUGUAUAACGUUCAUUUUGCCCUUACCGCUGCUUUUCUUCCUAUUUUGCCUUAUAUUUUCUCAGGCGUCAUCGGUGUAAGUUCAAGUGUUACACGAUUUCAGUGCUCUUCGGUAACUGAACAGAGCAAAGCCGCCUCCAUUCUCACGCUUGCUGAGAAGGCUGGAAUGUCAACGGGAAUCGUGACCACCGCACGAAUUACACACGCGACUCCCGCGUGUGCGUAUGCUCACUCAGCAAACCGCAAUUGGGAAAGUGACGGUGAUAUAAACAAGACUGUAACGGAUGAUGGGUCCAAGUGCAAGGACAUAGGUAUUGCUUAA